GUUUAAAGAAAAGUCGUGACGAAUUUGAUUCUAUCCUAUAUUAAUAAACAAUUAUAUAAUCAGUUUACAAAGACUGGCGCUUGCUACUUCGGAGUUUGAGAAUAACAACAGUUCAUUUACCUAACGUGAGGGACAUGGCAGGGUUUGGAGGAACAGGCCGGCGAGUGGCAGGUGUGUGUGGCAGACUUUGGGGUGGUGCCAGAGGAGCCACCAGCAGGAGUCUUGUUUGCUCUGCAGUGUGUGCAUCGGGUACUGCUAAGAAGGACUUUAAGAAGAUGACAUCUGAGGAAUGGAAGAAACACCUAACACCACAACAGUACUAUGUCACCAGAGAGGCGGGCACUGAACCAGCAUUUUCAGGGGAAUUCUAUGACCAUCAUGAGAAAGGGACGUACCUCUGUGUCUGCUGUGGCUCGGAACUCUUCAGCUCAGAGGCCAAGUAUGAUUCAGGGAGUGGCUGGCCAUCCUUCCACUCCGCAGCAGGGAAGGUCACCACCCGCACAGAUCGCUCCUUCUUGAUGGUGCGGACUGAGGUGCUGUGUGGUGAGUGCAAUGCUCAUCUUGGCCAUGUCUUUUCUGAUGGACCAAAGCCAACAGGCCUCCGUUACUGCAUCAACUCCUUGUCCCUCAAAUUUUCCCAGAAGACCUGAUAGAGUGUAUGCAUACGUUUGUAAGCCUUCACCAUUGUAUAUAUGUAGAGCAGUGUGAGUGUGUGUAUUAUAAAAGUUGAAAUGUCAUAUAUAUAUAUUUAUAAAUAUUAAAAUGCUUAGAUUAUGGA